GCCUCAAUGGGGUAUUUUGAAAUCUUUAUAGCAAUUUUUUUCUUUCUUGUGUUCUGGCUCUGGGCUUUAGGACAUAGUAAUAAAAAUGGCUUACCAAGAAAUUACCCAUUUGUUGGGAUGUUUCCAACGCUUAUUCUAAAUCUUCAUAGAAUCCAUGAACUGAUUGUAGAGGUUCUUUCAAAAACAGGAGGUACUUUCUUGCUGAAAGGCCCUUGGUUUACUAAUAUGGACAUUCUUACCACAGUGAAUCCUGCAAAUGUACACUAUAUCAUGAGUUCGAAUUUCCCAAAUUUUAGGAAAGGGCCAGAAUUCAAGAAAAUAUUCCACAUUUUUGGCGACGGAAUUUUCAAUUCCGACUUUGAUUCGUGGAAGGAUCAGAGGAAACUCGCCAAAGAAAUGAUCACUCAUCAGAUAUUCCGCAAGCGUUUGAUAAAAACCAGCUGGGACAAGGUCGAAAAUGGCCUUAUUCCGGUCCUCGAAUUCAUGGUCAAAGAUGGCAGAGUUGUUGAUUUGCAAGAUGUUUUCAAGAGAUUCUCAUUUGAUACAACAUUUAAAUUAGUAAUGGGCUUUGAUCCUGGCUGCCUCUCUCUUGACCUCCCUGACACUCCCUUCUCAAAAGCCAUGGAUGAUGUUAAUUAUGUCUGGUUCAUACGCCAUGUAUUGCCCGAAAGCAUCUGGAAGUUGCAAAAAUGGCUUGGAACUGGGACAGAGAUGAAACUAGGCAAAGCAGAGGAACUAAUUGACCAAAUUAUAUUUAAGUAUACAUCGAUGAAACGUGACGAAUUGAGCAGUGGAGAGAAAAUGAAGCACGAUGAAGAUGGUUUCGACUUAUUAACAUCAUACAUGGUACUCAAUGACGGAGAAACAAAAAGAGAGUUGAAGUUUGAUGAUAAGUUCUUGAGGGACACCAUGUUUAACUUCAUGGUCGCAGGGCGCGAUGGAAUUAGUGCUUGCCUUACUUGGUUCAUUUGGCUAGUUUUCACACACCCUGAGGUUGAAAAGAACAUAAGGGAAGAACUUAAGGCGAUCAUCCCGGAGAAAGAAGGCAGAAAACGGAGGGCUUUUAUGGUGGAAGAGUUGAAAAAUGUUGUUUAUUUACAUGCUGCAUUGUGUGAAACGCUGAGGCUAUACCCCCCUAUUGCGUUCGAGCACAAGACUCCACAAGAACCUAAUAUUCUCCCAAGUGAUCAUCGUGUUCAUCCCAAGCUGAGAGUGAUAUUUAAUAUGUACGCAAUGGGGAGGAUGGAAUUAAUUUGGGCAAAGGAUGCCUUAGAAUUCAAGCCAGAGAGAUGGACUUCAGAUCGUGGAACACUGAAACAUGAGCCAUCUUCCAAGUUCUUUGCUUUCAAUGCAGGGCCAAGGACUUGUAUAGGGAAAGAAGUGGCUUUUACUCAAAUGAAAACUGCUGCUGCUGCUAUCAUCCAUAAUUACAAGAUUGAAAUGGUGAAAGGUCAUGCGGUUUGCCCUAAUUUCGAUGUUAUGCUUUACAUGAAACAUGGCUUCAGAGUUAGGACUAAGAAGAGGUGGGCAUAG